AUGACUGAAGUCUCUUCCACCCGACUCUAUCUCGGGAACCUUCCCCGCAAUGUGACCAAGCAGGAUAUCGAAGAACAUUUCAGCACCCAUGGCACCGGAAAGAUCACGGAGAUCAAGCUUAUGAAUGGCUUCGGAUUUAUAGAAUACGAAGAUGCGAUGGAUGCAAGAGAUAUUGUCCCUGACGGUAGCGACUUCAAAGGAGAGCGCCUCACUGUACAAUUUGCUAGGGGACCCCGUCGCAAGGAGACUUUCCAAGCUCCCACGGACCGCCCUAAUGUGCCUCGUCCUCGCCGCACAAUCUUUCGUAUGAUGAUAACCGGCCUUCCGGAAACAAGCUGGCAGGAUCUCAAAGAUUUUGCCCGUCAGUCUGGUCUAGACGUUGUUUAUUCAGAGACUGGCCGUGAGCCUGGAAGAGGUUUUGUUGAAUUCGAAACUGCGAAUGAUUUGAAGACUGCAGUCGAGAAACUCGAUAACCGAGAGUUCAAAGGCUCCAGAGUGGCCUGUAUUCCCGAUAUCCAGCCCUAUGAUGACAGGUCCUACCGUGAUCCAUACAGAUCCCGGUCUCCGCGCCGAGGCUAUCCCCCGAUGGAUGAGUACGACCGCAGGUACUCAGUGCCUCGUGGGUACAGUCCCCGAGGCCAUUUCCGUGAACGGUCUCCCAUACCCAUUCGCCGAGACUACUAUGCCGACGGUUAUGGACGUCGUACCCCGCCUCGUGCUAGGCUUGAGGAAUAUCCUCCUCGUCGUUAUGAUGACCCGUACGCCGUUCCACCACCGCCUCGGUAUGACGAUCCCUAUGCUCCUCCCCCAAGACCUUACGGGCGACCUCGAACUCCACCGCGGGGUGAGUACGCCCCGUAUGAGCGGCGCUACUGGUAG